AUGCUGAAACAACAAAGCGCCACCAGUUCCAAUAAGGAGGAUGAUACGGUGGACAUUGCCAUUGUUGGAGCUGGAAUUGGAGGACUUUGUGCGGGUGCCAUUCUAAAUACACUGUAUGGCAAGAAAGUUGGGGUUUACGAAUCUCACUAUUUGCCGGGAGGUUGUGCACAUGCGUUUGAUCGGAAAGCAUCUAAUGACGAGACGUUUACCUUUGACUCUGGGCCAACGAUAUUGCUGGGAUGUUCACGGCAGCCCUUUAGUGCGCUACGACAAGUACUAGAUGCGGUCAACCAGAAGGUGGACUGGAUUCGAUAUGAUGGGUGGGGAAUGAUCGAGAAUCCAGGCAAGGAAAAUGGAAACGAAAAGCGGUGGAAGUGCGAGUUGGGAGAGGAUAUUUUCCAACAGGGACCCUUGAAGGAGUUUGGAGGUCCCAAUGUGCUGGAAGAGUUUGAAGCGCUUCGGGAAGCUACCAAAGGUUUGAUAACUGGACAAAGCAUUCCUAUCAUGGCAAUGCGCCCAGGUCCAUCCGCGCUGGUUCCCUUGUUGCGAUACUUUCCAACUCUGGUGAAACUCAUUCAACAAGGUCCCGAAUUGACAGGUACAUUUGAGCCCUACAUGGAUGGACCCAAGUUUAUAGUAAAAGAUCCAUGGCUACGAGAUUGGUUGGAUGCCUUGGCCUUUUCUUUGAGUGGACUCCCAUCCUCUCGGACGGCAGCAGCAGCCAUGGCAUUUGUGUUGGAUGACAUGCAUCGGGAGGGUGCGGCAUUGGACUAUCCAAAGGGCGGGUUGGGGUCUGCAAUUGAUGCGCUAGUGCGAGGACUGGAGCAGGGAAAGACUGGCUCCAAGUUAAAUCUGCGAAACCAUGUCGAAAGUAUUGACUUUAAUGAUGAUGCAACAAUGGCCACUGGGUUGACUUUGCGAGGGGGACAGAAAGUUAUCGCCAAAGAAGGUGUCAUUUGCAACGCUCCGCUCUGGGCGCUGAGGAAUUUGUUGAAGGAUGACGCCGCAAAGAACAAGAUUGACAACUACCUAGGAGAUGACAAGGGCGACCGCAGCCCCAGACAAACCUGGGAGGCUUCUGGAGAGGGUGUAUCAUUUAUCCACAAAACUAGAUCAGCAGUAUUUGACAAGUCAAAGAAAGAAGAAGAUGAAAGAGAGAGUCUACUGUACGAUUGUGACACGUCCGAAAUGACUGGUUCCUUCCUGCAUCUCCACGUGGCUAUCGACGCCAAAGGAUUGGAUUUAAGCAAGAUGGAGGCCCACUACACUGUCAUGGACCGAGGACUGGGAGGGAAUGAAAACAUCACCAUCGAGGGUGUGACCGAUGGCCCUUGUGGAGAAUUGAACAUGAUUGCCUUGUCCAAUCCUUGUGUCAUUGACAAAACGCUCGCUCCAGAGGGAUACAUGGUGCUUCAUGCAUAUGGUGCUGGCAACGAACCCUAUCAUGUCUGGGAAGGUAUGGAGCGAAACUCUCCUGAAUAUAAACAGCUCAAGGAAAAGCGAUCGAAAGUUCUUUGGAGGGCCAUGGAAAGCAUAAUACCGGACAUUCGGGAAAGGGUCGUUCUGGAUAUGGUUGGAUCGCCGCUCACUCACGAACGCUUCUUAAGACGACCUCGAGGAACAUAUGGUGCUGCCACGGAAGACUAUUUGAACGAUGGCAGUACGCCAAUUUCUAAUUUUGUGCUAGCGGGUGAUGGAAUUUUUCCAGGAAUUGGCGUUCCAGCCGUUGCAAUAUCUGGUGCCAGUGCCGCUAAUGCCUUUGUCAAUCCAUUCCAACAAUGGCGGUGUCUGGAUUCUCUGAGUCUGUAA